GCGCUCAUGCAGCUGUGUAGGUUGCUUCCCGUACGAACAGACGCCAAUUCGCGGUCAACUCAGUAUUUGCAUAGCGGAAAUAUAUAAAAUGUCUUCAGAAAAUCAAGCGUUACAUGCCGUUGCUUCUAGCAUUACUAAAUUUUCAACGGACUUUUACAAGGCGUUAGCGGAAAAUGAAAAAUCAAACUUUAUCUGUUCGCCGAUCAGUGUAUCGAUGGUAUUAUCUAUGGUUACUUAUGGAGCUCGUGGAAAUACUGAGAAAGAACUGCGUAGUGUAUUGGGAUUAUCUGAAGACGAUCAACUCAAUAAAGACGGUUUUCAAUCACUCAUCGAUAAUUUGAAUGCCGUUGAAACAGUUGUGCUCAAUUUGGCCAAUAAAAUUUACUUUAACACGAAAUUCAACGUGAAACCUGAAUUCAAAAAAUUAACAGAAACGUCAUUUCGAUCUGUAUCAGAGAUAAUUGAUUUUGGAAAUACUUCAGAAGCCAGCAAAACUAUUAACAGUUGGUGUGAAGAAAAAACUAACAAUUGUAUCAAAAAUGUUGUACAGCCAGGUGAUUUGAUCGAUUCCCAAAUGGUUCUCGUAAACGCUGUGUACUUCAAAGGCGAGUGGAAAUGGCAAUUUGAUCCUAAGCGCACGAAACCAGAGCCGUUUCACAUCGAUAAAAAUACUACUAAAGAUGUACCGAUGAUGAUCAAAACUACCAGAUAUAACACCAACGAAUUGGCUGAUCUUGACGCUAAAUUUAUCGAACUUCGCUACAAAAGCAAUGAGCCAAACCACCACCCUAUUACCAUGUUUAUUAUUUUGCCAGAUGAAAUCAACAAUAUAAAUACCCUAGAGAGUAAAGUGCAUACUAUUAAUUUCAAGGAUUUACAUGAUAAUUCAAUUUAUAAAGACUGCACCUUGCGGCUCCCUAAAUUUAAAGUCGAGAGUCGGCCUGAAAGGAAUUUUCGAACCAUCAGCAGACUUUAGCGGAAUUGACGAAUCAGGACAAUUGAGUGUCAGUAAAGUAAUACAAAAAACUUUUCUAGAAGUCGAUGAAGUAGGAAGUGAAGCAGCAUCAGCAUCCGCAAUGUCAAUAAUGAAGCGAAUGGGUUCCUGUCGACCCCCAAUAUCAUUUACUGUAGACAGACCAUUUCUGUGUGUGAUCGUCGCCACAGAAACUGGAGCACCGCUUUUUAACGGACGUAUCAUCGAUCCAACUGUCCAUU